AUGGCCCCUCCAGUUACGAUUCGCAAUGUCAGCAACAAUCCGCUCACCCUGGUGCUGGUCGAGCAUUUCGAUCCCGCCCCCGAUGAAGGAUUCCAGAUGCAAAAUAUCACAACGUCCUUAGCGUCCAUCACCAAUGGACUGGGUCUCACGAACAACACCACGCGCAAAGAGGUGCCCCAGAUACCUGCCGACGCAAAGCCCUUUGCGACGAGAGAGGUGUCGAUCAAGCUGCCGCCGUUCACGGUCGUGCCCACGGACAUCAAAGCAGUCAUCAACAAGCCGGAUGAACGUCUGCGACUGACGUUCCAGACAGAGCUGGGUGGGAAGCACCAGAUGUACUGCCCUGUACCGACGGCAGAGACGGCCUCGCUCGUCGCUCUGGCCCCAAAUCCCAAGAUGCGCUUUACAGGGAUUUUCCUGCCAAAGACAUCUUUCGUGGCCCUGUUCAACACCUCCCAUCUGGAGACCUGGAUGAAAGAUCUCCCGGACAACACCCCACUGGGCGUCUUGUCCAUUCCCGGCACGCAUAACUCGCCUACACACUACCAAGCCGCCCCAUCGGUGCGCUGUCAGGCGGUGUCGCCCAAGGAGCAGCUCAAGAACGGCGUGCGCUUCUUCGACAUCCGCGUGCAGGUGCCCGAGCCGUACGACCCCAAGUCGGACAAGUUGAUGCUCGUGCACUCGUCGUUCCCGGUCUCGCUCACGGGCCACAAGUACUUCCGCGACCUGUACAACACGAUCCUCGAGUUCCUCAAGGCGAACCCGAGCGAGACGCUGAUCCUGUCGCUCAAGCGCGAGGGCACGGGCAAGGGCACGGAUGAGCAGCUGGGGCGCAUCCUCAAGAACAACUACACCAACCCGCGCGAGUGGUUCACGGAGCCGCGGGUGCCGACGCUGGGCGAGGUGCGCGGCCGCAUCGUGCUGGUGCGCCGCUUCGUGCUCGAGGAGCCGCUGCGCCACGAGUGGAACGGCCGCGGCUGGGGCAUCGACGGGCACGUGUGGGCCGACAACACGCCCAACUCCAUGUGCCCGUCGGGGGACAUUUGCGUGCAGGAUUUCUACCAGGUGAUGGAGAAGCCGUCGAUCGAGAAGAAGAUCACGUAUGCGUGCGACCACCUCGAGCGGAGCGGGUGCUGCGCGUUCCGCGGCCCCAACAUCGCCAAAGACAAGAAAUUCCCCCUGUACGUCAACUUCCUCAGCGCCAGCAACUUCUGGAACGUCAACUGCUGGCCCGAAAAGGUCGCCGCCGAGGUCAACCCGGCCGUCGUGGCCCACCUGUGCCAGAAGCACAUGGUCGGCGACAACGGCCGCGUCAAGGACGGCGACUGGAGCACCGGCAUCGUCGUCACAGACUGGGUCGGUCUCGCCGGGGACUGGGACCUCGUGCGCUGCAUCGUCGGCAUGAAUGCAAAGUUGCUUGCCUAG